AAACGGUGUCCGCAGACGAGUGAGGUUCGGCCCCGAGCACAGUGCAAGGAAGAAAGCGCAAUCGCCUACCAAGUGAACAACCGUGUGUUGUUUGUGUCUGUGGCCUAGACUCCAGGAGGAGAAUUUAUUUUUAACGUUACCAGCAAACCAGCUCAUUUUUACGAUCCCGCGGCAAGAUGAUGUCCAGAAAGCUGCUCGACGAAAGCAAUGGCUACCAGCAGCAGCUGCUGGAGGGUGAGAACGCCCAGUUUCAGAUCAGUAACUAUGGUUACGGUAAGGACAGCGUGAAGGUGAUGCACGUCGUCCGGAAUGGACAGGUCCACUCGAUAAAGGAGUUUGAGGUGGGCACCAAGCUGAAGCUCAGAAGCCAAAAGGAUUAUCUCGAAGGUGACAACAGUGACAUUGUGGCCACGGAUUCGCAGAAGAACACCGUCUAUCUGUUGGCCCGCAAGCACGGGCUAGAGUCGCCGGAAGAGUUUGGAAUGCUGCUGUGUCAUCACUUUCUGGACAAGUACUCACACGUCGAGGAGGUUUCGAUUCACAUCGAGGAGUAUCCGUGGUCGCGGAUUGGCUUCGGUACCGGUCCGUAUAAAGAUCUGCACAACCAUGCCUUUGUCUUCACGCCGACUGCUCUCCGCUACACGGAUGUGACGCAGAAGAGAACUGAACCUAAGCCAACGAUCGUUAGCGGUUUGAUGAACCUGCGCGUCCUCAAGACGACCCAGUCGGCAUUCGUGAACUUCGUGGACGACGAGUACCGCUCACUGCCGGAUCAGCACGAUCGCAUCUUCAGCACCGUUGUCCGCUCGUCCUGGCAAUACUCAACCGCGACGGGCGUCGAUUUCGAUUACUGCUGGAACAAGGUGAUGCAGUGCAUUCUGAACAACUUUGCGGGCGAUGCGGAGAAGGGCAUCUUUUCGCCGAGUGUCCAGCAUACGCUGUACCUGGCGGAGAAGCAGGUGCUCGAAUUGGUGCCCCAAAUUUCCUCGAUCGACAUGUCGAUGCCCAACAAGCAUUACUUCACGUUCGACUUCAGCAAGUUCCCCAAGGUCAUCAAGGAUCCGCAGCUGAAGGAGGAAACGGUUUACGUGCCGGUGGACAAACCGGCCGGUAUCAUCUACGCCCAGCUCGAUCGGAAAUCGGAUCAGGCUGUCAAAAGUAAACUAUAGACUUUCGAGACUGAUGGGGACGGUUUCCGCUAGACCAGGCGGUCCCGGAGGGGGGUUUAGAGCUCUUUCUGUGUACUCGGGCGUGGCUCGGGGGAAGGGUUUCGGUUGGAUCUUUUCGCUGACAAGGGGUUAAUGGGGUGCGGGAGGUUUUGUUGACUGCAAACGAGCUAUUCUCAUCGUCAACCUGACACAGCCGGGAGAGAAAGGGGAGGGGGGUGGGAAGGAACCGAAGGAAGUGAUCGAGUCUCUUAUUUGAUCUAUUAAUGACUUCACUCCACGCGUGUAUAAGGUUCAGACGCUCGAUAGAUGCUCAUCUUUUUGUUUUAUGUAUAAGUAAACGGUAUGAUAAAUAAAGUUAAUCCUAGAUAUGAAAUUUAACAUAAA